GGACCCGAGAAACGAACCGGCGGCGUGGUAUAAUACUCUCUCUCCCCCGCCGUGACUCUCUCCUCUCUCUCUCUCUCUCUCUCAAGACUCUGUCCUUUGGUCUCUUCUUCCCUGUUCGCAAAACCCAAAACCCCCAAUUGCUAUCUUCACUUUGGACCUUGAUUUUGCUCAUUAUUUGCGGUUUUGCCUCGCAAGCCUCGGCCUUUACAGCACAGUUCGCAGUUGGCACGAGUUCGUCCUUCCUGUUCAACCGUCUCCCUGCUCUGCUCUCUGCUCUGCUUCGGGGGCACUGCCAAUGCACGGUCACUAGCAGAAGCCGCAUUGGUUAAGUGAAGUAGUUAGCAGAGAGACUGUGCUGUUCCAGCAGAAACUGAGGAGCAGGCUUGCUUUUAAUAGAAAAAGGGCUUUACCAACUAAUUGGACAGGCGAUUUUGUUUCAAGAAGCUCUCAGAUUGGAUAAAUCGUGCUUUGAAUUGUGUGAAUUCCAAUGGACAAUGAUUUCUGCGAGGAGCAGCAAGUUCCUUCUGCUGUUUUGACAGGAGUAGCCUUCAAUGUUCUAAGUCACGUAGAAGUGGAGAAGAUAUCUUCAAUAACAAUUGAGUCUGUCGGUGAGGUCAGUGACUCUAGAUUGGGACUCCCAAACUCCUCUAAUCAGUGCUCCACUUGUGGCGCCAAAGACUUGAAACAAUGUGAAGGUCAUUUCGGAUCUAUCAAGUUACCAUGUACAAUACUUCACCCGUAUUUUCUGUCUGAAGUUGCUAAGCUGCUGAAUAAGAUUUGCCCAGGUUGCAAAUCUGUUCGGCAAGAACUACGGGUUAAGAAGAGUAGUCCGAAUCAGGUACAUCAUGGGACUAGGGGUUGCAAAUACUGUCUCCCCACUCAAAUAGAUUGGUAUCCGCCUAUGAAGUUCAAAGUGUCAUCUAAGGAUAGUUUCAGAAGAACUACCAUCACUGUAGAAAUAGAUGAAAGUUUUAGAAGGAAUCUUCAAAAGAAGUCGAACAGGAGGAUAUGGCCCACUGAUUACUGGGACUUUAUCCCAAAAGAUCUGGAACAAGAAGAAAGUUGUCAGAAACAAGACAAAAGGGUAUUAUCGCAUGCUCAGGUUUAUCACUUAUUGAAUGGCGUUGAUCCUACUUUCAUUAGAAAGUUUAUCUCCAGAAAAGAUUCUCUUUUUCUCAACUGUUUCCCGGUAACACCAAAUGGUCAUCGUGUGACUGAAGUUACUCAUGCAUUUUCUCAUGGACGGCUGGUCCUUGAUGACCGAACGAGGGUGUACAAGAAACUUGUUGAUUUUAGAGGGACAGCGAAUGAGUUGGGCUCUCGAGUCCUUGAGUGUCUUAAAGUUUCUAAGCUGAACCCAGACAAGUUAUCGAGUACCGAAUCUGCUUUUGCCCAGAACAGAAAGAGCAGGGAUUUGGAUUUCACUUCUUCUGGUUUGAGAUGGAUGAAAGAUGUUGUUCUCGGGAAGCGAAGUGAUUACUGUUUCCGGAUGGUUGUGACGGGUAAUCCAAACAUCAAGCUCAGUGAAAUUGGUGUACCGUGUCAUAUUGCAGAGAGAUUGCAAGUAUCUGAGACUUUGAAUAAGUGGAACUGCGAAAAGUUAAAUGCUGUUUGCAGUUUAUUGCUGCUUGAAAAGGGUGGCAUGCAUGUUCGGAGAAAAGGGUGUCUCGUGCGUGUCAAUCGCAUGAAAGAACUUCUUUUUGGAGACACUAUAUACAGGCCAUUAAGUGAUGGAGACAUGGUUUUGAUAAAUAGGCCUCCAUCUAUACAUCAGCACUCUCUUCUCGCAUUAAAUGCCAAGGUUCUACCCAUAGCCUCAGCUCUUUCUAUAAAUCCGCUAUGCUGUUCCCCUCUUCGUGGAGAUUUUGACGGUGACUGUAUCCAUGGAUAUAUUCCACAAUCAGUGGAUGCAAGAGUAGAGCUAAAUCAGCUGGUUGGUGUGGAUAGGCAGUUGUAUAAUGGGCAAAGUGGCAGGAACCUUCUUUCUCUUGGUCAGGAUAGUCUAAUUGCUGCUCACUUGAUAUUGGAGGAUAGUGUUUGCUUAAACCACUUCAGUAUCCAACAACUUAAAAUGUUGUGCCCUAAUGAGUUGCCGCCUCCGGCAAUUGUGAAGGUACCUUCAGUUGAAGGUGGAAUCUGGACUGGGAAGCAGUUAUUCCAGAUGCUCUUGCCUACAGGAUUGGAGUGGUUUUCGUCUUCAAGUGACAUUGGAAUUAGGAAUGGGGAAAUUGUCUUUUCAGAAGGAUCUGGUUGGCUUCGAGAUGCCGAUGACAAUCUCUUUCAGAGGCUUAUCACUUUUAGCCAGAGUAGGGUUCUUAACGUUCUGCAUGAUGCGCAAGAAGUUCUUUGUGAGUGGUUGUCCACGAGGGGUUUUAGUGUUUCAUUAGCAGAUUUGUAUCUUGCAUCUGAUUCAUUCUCACGGGAAAAUAUGAUUGAGGAAAUCUGUUGUGGUUUGCAAGAAGCAGAUGAAACGUGCAAUAUCAAACAGUUUAUGGUGGAUUCUUCACGGGAUUUCCUGGCUGGAAAUGAUGCAGAAAUUAGUGCUAUGGCCUUCGGUUCAGAACGCUUGUGUUAUGAGAAGCAGAAAUCCGCUGCCCUUAGUCAGGCAUCUGUUGACGCUUUUAAGCGAGUUUUUCGAGACAUACAAAGUUUAGCCUACAAGUAUGCUAACAAAGACAAUUCCAUGAUCUCUAUGUUCAAAGCUGGAAGUAAGGGUAAUCUGCUAAAGAUUGCUCAACACAGUAUGUGUGUCGGCCUGCAACAUUCACUGGUUCCAUUGUCAUUUGACAUACCCCAUCAACUUUCUUGCACUUCGUAUAACAACCAUAAGGAAAACAAUAUAGAUCAUCUGCGUGAUUCUCCAUGUCCUCGGUCUUUCAUCCCAUUUGCAGUGGUCAAGAACUCUUUUCUUUCUGGUUUGAAUCCAUUGGAGUGUUUCGUACAUUCUGUGACAAAUCGGGCUAGUUCGUUCAGUGAGAAUGCUGAAGUGCCCGGUACCUUGCACCGGAAGCUUAUGUUUUUCAUGCGUGAUCUAUAUGUUUCCUACGAUGGCACAGUUAGAAGUGCUUACGGCAAUCAACUCAUAGAGUUUUCUUAUGGCAUUGAGAAGCAAUCAUCUACUAUCUGCAGCAGCAAAGAUAGUUUCUCCUGUGAGAAUGCAAAACCUGGGGAAGGGAUGGGAGGCCAACCUGUUGGUUCAAUGUCUGCCUGUGCCAUUUCUGAAGCUGCAUAUAGUGCUCUAGAUCAGCCAAUCAGUCUCCUUGAAACAUCCCCGUUGUUAAAUUUGAAGAAUGUGCUGGAGUCUGGUACCAAGAAAAGCAACUCGUGUCAAACAAUGUCGUUAUUUCUCUCUAAGCAGCUUGCAAAACGUAGGCAUGGUUUAGAAUACGGAGCACUGGCAGUUAAAGAUUAUCUGGAGAGACUCUUCUUUUCAGACAUAGUGUCAACCACAAUGGUUAUUUUCUCCCCAGAGAAUUAUAACCAGAAUUUGGGUCCAUGGGUGUGCCAUUUCCAUAUAAGAAAGGACAUUAUAACAAGGAGAGGAUUGAAACUUCAUUCUAUCAUUGGUUCUCUUCAGAGGAGAUGUCACAUUUUCUUGAAUGAAACAAGAGUUGAUCUUCCCCCACUGCAGAUAACUAUCAAUGAUUGUUCAUUAGCUGGAGAAGAAAGGGAAGAUGCAGCUAACAUCUUUUGCAUCACACUCAACAUGGUCGAAGAUUCGAAGAAAGUUGCCACACAGCCCACACUUUUGAAAUUACUUCAACAAAUGGUGAUACCUUGCCUUCUGGGAACAGUUAUUAAAGGAUUCAUGGAGGUUAAAAAGGUUGAUAUCUUAUGGAGUGAAAGCAGCAAGCUAAGCAAAUCUAAUCCUAUGUCAACUGGUGAGCUCUACUUGAGAGUAUCCAUGUCUGCACAGUCUGAGAAAAUGAUGCUCUGGAGUGCACUUAUGAAGAAUUGUGUUCCUAUUAUGGAUGCUAUUGAUUGGUCUCGCAGUCAUCCGGAUACCAUUCGUGAAUUCUCAUUAGCAUAUGGGAUAGACGCUGGAUGGAAGUACUUCCUUAAUAGUCUGGGUUCGGCUGUAUCUGAUACGGGCAAGACUGUUCUUCCUGCACAUUUAGUUCUUGUUGCCAAUUGUCUAUCGACAAGUGGAGAGUUUGUUGGCUUAAACCCUAAAGGGAUGUCAAGACAAAGGGAAACCUCUUCUGUCUCAUCACCUUUUGUUCAAGCAUGCUUUUCGAAUCCUGGUCCUUGUUUCAUUAAAGCUGCCAAGGCAGGAACAGUGGAUAAUCUACAGGGGAGCCUGGAUGCACUGGCCUGGGGGAAAGUUCCUUCACUGGGAACGGGAGGAUUAUUUGAAAUAAUAUACUCUGGAAAGGGGCAUGAGCUUGCAAAGCCUGAAAGUGUCUACAAUCUGUUGGGUAACAAAGUUAGUUCCACACAGCUGAAUUUAAAGCUUGAAGUGCCUAAUGCUGGCAGCCAUAUGUCAGACAGAUGUGGGGCGGAGUUUGUGCAGGCUGGUAGUGUUGCAAAAGUGCUCAAGAAACUGGAAAUCAAUAAGUCAUUAUUAAGGAAAUUUAUCACAUUUAAUGACAUCCAGAAGCUGUCGCUAGAGCUGAAGAAAAUAUUAUACAAGUACCCGAUCAAUCACCAUUUAGGUGAACAAGAAAAGUCAAUCGUGAUGAUGGCUCUGAAGUUUCAUCCUCGUGGAAAGGAAAAGAUAGGAACUGGAGCUCGGGAUAUAAAGGUUGGACAUCACCCCAAGCACCAAGAUUCUCGCUGCUUCAUGCUGGUCAGAGCUGACGGAACGGCGGAAGACUUCUCUUACCACAAGUGUGUUAUUGGCGCCCUUGAGAUAAUUGCUCCCGAGAGGGCGAAAACCUACCAAUCGAAAUGGUUGAAGCACGAGGUUGAGCAGGUAUAGACUGCUUCGCUUCCGUGGCGGAACGACAUGUACAACCAAGUACCUGUAAUCAUCGCCCUCCUUUUUUCUAGAUCUUUUUCGGUCCAAUUGGUUCAAUAAUUGGUUGUCCUUUUCCACGCUUCUUUUUGCUCCUUUUACUGCAUUUCGUUUGCCUACUUAUUUGAUUGGCAGAAGAGAUGUAGUGGAAGCAGCAACGAGAAGCUCUUAAAGCGCAUCCAUCUUUCCUUCUUUUCUAGUAAAAUGUAUCAGAAUAACGUUGCAAACUCAAGUCUCCAUAUGAGUUUUCUUGUUGUACCCGGUGGACCGCCUUUGCGCUCCCGAUUUCUGUUGUUUGGGAGCGAAAUAGACGUGGACGGUAACCUUGUGUUGUGAUGUGGGGGCGAACAUUUUGCCGCGGAUAGAAGUAAAAUGAGUUCGUCCGGGAUAUGUGAUAUUGUCGAGGAA